AAAGAAAUCUAUGGUCAAAUCAAAAGCACUCAAAAACCGCGGAGUCUUUUUUUCUCUCUCUAGAAACCGUCGAUCAGUUCCUUAAAAGCGCACCUUCUUCCCCCAAAUUUCUUUCUCAACUCCAAAUUCUCACACGCAAGAAUAAGCCUAAUCCUAAUCCUAAUCCUAAUCCUUAUCCAGAUCCAGAAUCAAGAUCAUGAAUGAUCAAGAUCAAGAACACGAAGAGGACUAUUUCGAUCGUCUUCCCGACGCGCUUCUUCUUCUGAUCUUCAACAAAUUGAUCGACGCUCGGUCUCUCCUUCGCUGCCUCGCCGUCAACCGCCGCUUCGGUUCCCUCAUUCCGCACUCCGACGCCGUUUUCCUCGCCAUUCCUCGUCCGCUGCUCGAUCACAAGGGGAAGUCCGCACUCCGUCGCCAUUCGCCGCAGAGUUCGCUCAGGUACUUCUUUCGUAAGUUCGUCUUUACGCCUAUUCGCUUCCUCCGCCGCGCGAUUGCUCGUUCCUCGCCGCCGCCGAGUUCCGGAUUUGGCGACUGGUACCACUGGCCGAGCGCUGCGUUGAGGGAGUUCGGAGGAAUUAAGUUCGUUCACAUGGAGCUCCCUUGCUGCGGCGGCGAAAUCGGCUCCGAUCACGGCGGCGAUCCGCUGCUCAAGUGGAAGGCGGAGUUCGGUACCGAAUUGAAGAGUUGCGUCGUUCUCGGAGCGUCAUCUUUACGGCGGAGAUCGAUUGCUCCGUCUAAUUCAGACGCCAAGGAAACAGGAGAAGAACGCGUAGAUGCAGAAUCUGAAUCGGACAUUGGAGACGAAGAGCUUAAGCUACGAAUCGUAUGGACGAUUUCAGCCCUAAUUGCCGCUUCCAUGAGACAUUACUUCGUAAAACAAAUGGUUUCCGAUUUUCCGAUGCUGCAGAGCGUGGUGAUUACGGAUUCAACAAAACAGGGGAGGCUCUGUAUGAGAGAGAAGCAACUCACCGAACUCAGAGAAUCGAUGAAAUCUUCCGAUUCGAUUCAAUCUCGAGUAGAGAGGACAGUGAUUCCAGAUCUGAACAUGAAGAUGUGGCAUGUACCGGUGCUGGAUCUGCCGGCCUCCGGCUUCGUGAUGACGGCGGCGACUCUCAUCGUCAUCCGGCCGACUGCAGCAGGUACGGAGUUAGAAGGACUAGACACAAUGGGAGACGAUUUUGAUGCUGAGGAAGAGGAAAAACUCGGAGCAUAUGGUGAAGCUGUGAAAAAAAUGAUGAAGUUGAAAAGAAACUACGUCUUGGAGGUAAAUUCUUUCUGAUUGUAAUGUAAAUUAAAGAAUUAGAGUAGAUAGAACCAUACAAAUUCGUUCCACGUUUUUGGAUUGUAGAAAAAUUACUGUAAAUUCGGGUGAGGUUUUUAAUUCAAUUUCUGUAGUUUAGAUUCUUUUGGGCAUUCAACCUUUUUCGUUUCGGUGCUCAAGGACAGGGGAGCUGAUCCGAUUGGUUGUAAAAUUUUGCUUCCCAUUUAAUUUGGUGAUGUGUAAGAGAAAGUAGAGAGAAUGUUUCACUUUCUUCUAAA